AUGCAGCUGACAGACACCGAAGGUUGGCUGCUACUGCCGCUGCUGGCUGCUCCCGCUGGCGCUCCCGCUGGCCAGCAUGUUGAACUGUGCUGGUUGUUGCAUCAUUUAUCCGGCUAUUAUUCCUUUUUGUGGGGCGUGUCGAACAGGAGGAGGGCACCCUUGAGGUCGUCUGUUGCAGCGCUCGAGACAGGAGCACGAGCCACGGCAGCCGCUGCAACCAGAGAGGCAGGAGCCGCUGCUGCCCCGAAGGGGGAAUCCCCACAUGGAAGGCGCAGUGGCGGCAGGGACAGGAGCACGAGCCACGGCAGCCGCUGCAACCAGAGAGGCAGGAGCCGCUGCUGCCCCGAAGGGGUAAUCCCCACAUGGAAGGCGCAGUGGCGGCAGGGGUGGAAGGAGCUCUUUUGUGCGCCCAUAGUUGCUGCCAGCACUAGCAGUGGCAGCUGCAACGGGGCCGGCAUGGCUGCAGCAGCACAUUUGCUGCUGCUGCAGCGAGGCGCGCGACACGUCUUGCGUUUCCGUGAAGGUUUUAGAACGACUUCUGUGACGUGCAGCACCUCGUAUGCUCGGCAGUCCCUCCAGCAGUCCUGGCACACAUGCUGGACAAGAACUGCUACGGCUCAAGUAGCAACAGCAGCCACCGCGGUGAAAACGACAGCAGGAACUCGUCGUACUUUCAGUCAUGCACCAGCGUGGCAGCAGCGUGAUUUGCAACAACAGCAAUGGCACCGGCAUCUGCCCCGUUUCGCUGCCACAUUCUUCCAUACAUGCAGUGAUACGCUGCUCAUUAGCAGCAACAGCCAGCGGAGUGUAGGAGAACAUGGAACUUACAUACCCACUUCGCCAGGCAAUGAUGCUCACGAACGCUUACGACAGCAGAACAUUUGGCUGUUGCAGCAGCAGCAGCAGCAGGAGCUGCAGCGCCGUCAGCUGCUCGAGGUGGUAGCUCGGCAACGCGAAUUGCUGUGCCAGCAGCAACGACAGCACGGGCUGCCGGGGCUGUUGCAUAAGACAGCAGAAGGCUUGUUGCGUUCAGCCGCCGAGCUUCCUGCCAACACCUUGGACAAAUUGCUGCCACCCUUGCUGCGGCAACUGCAUGCAGCAGCAGCAGCAACAACAGGUCAGAAUCAACCAGCAGCACGCUCACUGCUGCAACGUCUCUCGCGCGACCUGCUUGCUCUCAGCAGUCGCAAUAAGCAAGAAGGAUCGCAUGAAAAGGGAAACGGCGCCACAAGCGGCAGAAACCGGCAGCCCGAUGGGAACACCAGCAAAGACAGCCGCAGUAGCACAAAGGAAGACAAUGGCGAUAGUAGCAGCAGCAGCAAGGGCAGCAAUGGCAGCAGCACUAGCAACGAUGGCGGAGGGGACAGCACCAGAGGUCCCCGGAGCUCUGGAAAGUCAGCAGGCUUUGGCACGAGGCGGGUGCCCCUUGGCUUCGAAGCUUUUUAUCCCAAGGAGGCCUUGAAGCAGAGGGACAGCAGUAGCAGCAGCGGCACCGGUGGCGGCCGGCUACCAUUUGUUCCUCCAACCGGCGGGGCCCUGCAGCAUAUGCUGCUGCGUAUGUGCAUUUGGCUGGGUAUCUGGGUUUUUGCCUUGUCAUUGUUGUCGAGGGCGGUGGAGCCUCAGCUUUCACUGCAGGAGUUCCUUAGCUCGUAUGUUGCUCGAGGCUUGGUAGAGAAGGUCGUUGUUGUUGGGGAUAGGGGCCGUUGCACUGCUGUCGUCAGAGCACCCCCGACACCAGAACAGUUGCAGGCAAUGGAGCAGCAGCAGCAUCAAAUGAUGCUGUACAUGCAGCAGCAGCAGCAAAUGCAACAACAGAUGCAGCAAGUGAUGACAAUGCAGCAAUACCAGCAACAGCAACAGCAGCAGCCUUACGACAUGCAGCAGCAGCCUCAGCAGCAGCACCAGUUCUCGGUGACGCCGACACUACAGCAGCCCAAGUUGACGGACAUGCUACCUAAGAAACAGAUCGUCAGGUUCAAGACGGGCCUUACGCCCGAAAGCUUCAUAGAAAAGAUGGAGCACUUCCAGGCAUCGCUCGGAAUACACCCCAAGGACUUUCUUCCUAUUUACGUCGAAGAGGGUUGGAAUUUGAGUCUUGGGGAUUUGCUUGCUUCUGCGUUCUUCUUUUUAAUUAUGGCCACCAUCGCCAGGGACUUCUUUAUGGGGGGAGCUGUCAAUCGUGGUGGGAGCGCGAGCGGCCUGAAUCGCCUGUUGGGCAACAGCAGCUCUAAGAGAGCUCGCAUUAAGCCAGACACUGUGAAAGUUCGUUUCGCUGACGUCGCGGGUACGAGUUUGCAUGAGGCGAAGCGCGAGAUAACAGAGUUUGUUUCCUUCCUAAAGAACCCUGCGGCAUUUCAGAAGAUGGGUGCGAAGCUGCCUAAGGGAGCACUCUUAGUUGGACCCCCGGGUACCGGCAAAACUUUGCUCGCGAAGGCAACUAUCAUAUGGAUAGACGAGAUUGACAGCGUUGGUGCAAGCCGCAGCACUCAGUUCGCGAACAGCGAAAGAGAACAAACGCUGAAUCAACUUCUUGUGGAGAUGGAUGGAUUCUCACCGCAUGAGUCUGUGGUCGUCUUGGCAGGAACCAACAGAGAGGACCUUCUAGAUGCAGCAUUGAAACGGGCUGGACGGUUCGAUCGUAGGGUGGUUAUAAACAGGCCAGACGUUAAGGAGCGGGCGGAGAUAUUCAAGGUCCACCUCCAACCCUUAAGGUUGUCUCCUCGGGUCGAUUCAAAUGCGCUUGCGGAGAGAAUGGCUGCACUCACUCCGGGCAUGGUCGGCGCUGACAUCGCAAACAUCUGCAAUGAGGCGGCAAUAUAUGCAGCGAGGAGGCGAACAAAACGAGGCAUUGAGCAGCGGGACUUCGAGUUGGCCGUCGAGCGUAUAAUCGCGGGUCUCCCCUCCAACACAAAAAACCUCAUGUCAGAGAAGCAAAAGAAGACGAUCGCUCUUCAUGAGGCAGGACAUGCUGUGGCGGGAUGGUUUUUGUCAUCUGGCUUGCAUAGUUAUCACUCCUUCAACGUAGUGCUCAAGCUGACGGUCAUCCCGCGAGACAGCGGAGCAAUGGGAUUUAGUCAGCAAAUGCCGCCUCCUGUGGAACUUUAUGAGAAGGACGCCCUUUUAGACAGAAUUGCUGUCUGCCUUGCUGGGAGAGCUGCAGAGGAGCUUUUUAUGGGGUGCAUAUCCAGUGGCGCCAUUGAUGACAUUGAGAAGGCCACUCAUCUGGCCCGUUUAAUAAUUAUGCAGCUAGGAAUGAAUCCGAAGAUCGGCUUGGUCAACUUGAGGCGGACUCGACAGAGCCCGCAGGAGCCUUAUCAGCUUUUCUCAGACGCCACAGCGCAGCUCGUGGAUGAUGAAGUUCGCAACUUGAUUAGCCAUCAGUACGAACGAGAAAUGCAUGCCUUGAGUGCGUUGCUUCUGGAGAAGGAGACUCUAACAUUUGCGGAUCUCCAAGAUUGUUUGGGCAAGAGACCGUUCCCGCCCGACGCCCAGCUGGCUGCCUACAUAAACGCUCUUCCCACGAAGGUGAAUACUGUCGGACAAGAGACAACCGGGGUGGAAAGGGCUUCAGGGGACCUCCGGAGCAUCGCUCCAACGACGAAUGGAGCUAGUAAUGCAUCUGAUAAGAACAGCAACGCGACAACCCAGGAUUCUGCAGCCGGACACAGCACGCAGCAACAAGAACAGAAGAAGACUAGUGUCAAUGAUGCAGAAGGUGCAGACGAUGAUGAAGAAACUACUAAAGCCAAAAAGAGCAGCAGCAAAGGCAAGAAGAAGAAGAACAGUGACAAGGCUAGUGAUGAUGACGAUGAUGAUGAUGACGAUGAUGAUGAUGAUAGGAAUGGAAACAACUCGACGCGCGGACCAAGGAGAAGAAAACUGUUUGGGGGAGAUGAUGAUUCUUGUCUGCCCGAACUGCUUAGAAAGAACCUCAAACCUGACCCCCCAGCACCUUCUACUGCGGCCAAAGGGACAGACUUGGGCCACACACAAUGA